AUGAAGUUUGCACAUUCUUUAAAAUUCAAUGCUGUACCUGAAUGGUACUAUUUAAAAUAUUCGACAUUGAAAAAAACAAUAUAUGAAUUACAACAAGAUCAAAUAGCAUAUAAUGGAAACCAAGAUCAAGGUUAUAUCGUUGGUAAAGAAACAACAACAGUAACUGAGUUGGUGGAUCACUUUGAAGCCAAUUAUUCACCGUCGUCAAAGCAUAGUAGUAGCAGUGGUGGUAAUGAUGACUCCAUUGAAGAAAGUUCAAGUAGUGAUUCUGAUGCCAAGAUAAACUCAAAUGAAGGAAUGAAGAAUCGAUUAGCCAAGAAACUUAACUUGUUGCAAAAACUCAAAAAGAAUAAACCAUUUUUGAAUAGCGCUAAUAGUAGUAGUGCUAGUGAUAUUGAAUUAAAUCAUAUUGAUCUUGAACAAAAUGAUAAAGAUGGAAAAGAAGUUGGUGGAAAUGGAGAUAUUCAUUCGUAUUCUGCUGAAGUUGUCAGUUUGUCAAAUGAUACAUCUUCUUUUACCAACGAUAACGACGUCAUUACACAUUUUAUCAACGACCCUAACGAAUCCUUUGCAAAUCCAAAUUCGUUAGAAUUUGAUCCAUUGCAUGUAUUUACCAAGCAAUUGUUGGUUGAAUUGACCAAGAUUAAUGACUUUUAUAAAGGUAUUGAAAAGGAUAUCUUUGAUCAAUAUAAUCAAUUGAAUAGUGAAAGUGAGCAGCUUCGUAUCAAGCAUGCAUUGGAGUCUGAACCAGAGAUCAGACAUACUCACAGCAGUAGCAUAGAACAUCAUCAUAGUCAUGAUACAGAACAUCAACACGCUGAUUUGGAAAAACAAAGUGUCACAGUACAAGUUGUACAUGACGAUUCAGAUGAGGAAGAAGAAGAAGAUGAUAAAAAUAGUAAUACCGACUCGGUAUUACUUGAUGAAGCUCAUUUCAAUGAAAAUCACAAGUACUCAGUCACCAAAAAGAAACAGUGUUUGGCAAUGUAUAUUCGAUUAUCGGAAUUGAAAUCAUAUAUCGAAUUAAAUCGAGUUGGAUUUGCCAAAAUUUGUAAAAAGUUUGACAAAGUUUGUGGGUACUCUAUAACUCAAGACUUUUGUCAAUACUUUUUACCAUUACAUUCAUAUGUUUUCCAGCCACACACGAUUGAAACUAUCGACACCAAACUUGAUCAGGUUGUUCGAAUCUAUGCAUUUUCAUUGGGUAAAUUAUACUCCCAUUCUACCAAACACGACUUAGAACCAAUCAAAAAUGAAUUAAGAUCACAUUUACGUGAUCACAUUGUCUUUGAAAGAAAUACCGUUUGGAAAGACUUGUUAUCAUUGGAAAAACGGUCAUACAAUUUAGACUUGGAUGAAAAUGCUGUACAAAGUAGCAAAAUUGGCGAAGAGGGUAAUGUCCCCAAUUCAUUGAUGAAGAUGAAGAUGACGGAAAUUGAACUUCCCAAAUAUCUUGGUGGGAAAAAGGUAUCAGUUCCCGCAUUUUUACUCACAACUCAAAUUCUAAAAAUCAUCACUACAGCAGUAGUGUUUGCCAUUUUAAUGUCAAUAAAGACUUUUAAUGAUCCAGUACAAGGAAGAAGUUUAGCUGUGCUCGUUGCUUGUGCCAUGUUGUGGGCAUCAGAGGCUAUUCCAUUACAUACCACCGCCAUGUUUGUUCCAUUGCUUGUUGUCACAUGUAAAAUUUGUAAAGUAAGUGGUUCUGAUGAACCAAUGACGGCUCCUGAUGCUGCGCUGUAUAUCCUUGGUACAAUGUGGAACUCAACCAUUAUGAUUUUACUUGGUGGAUUUACCCUUGCUGCUGCAUUAUCAAAGUAUAAUUUGGCCAAAAUUCUUUCAUCUUGGAUCUUGGCUGCUGCUGGAACCAAACCAAGAAAUAUCAUUCUCGCCAAUAUGAUAAUAUCCAUGGUUCUUUCCAUCUUUUUGUCAAAUACCGCUGCUCCUGUCAUUGCAUUGAGUUUGGUAAGACCAAUGCUUAAAACCAUUCCAUCAGACCAUCCAUUCACAAAAGCAUUAAUCUUGGGUAUAGCAUUUGCUUCCAAUUGUAGUGGUAUGCUGUCACCUAUCAGUUCUCCACAAAAUGUCAUUGCAUUACAAGAAAUGACUCCAGAUCCAGGUUGGCAAAUGCUCGAAGUUAGUUUACCAACUACAAUCGUUGCCGUGUUCUUUAUUUGGUUGUUGCUUAUAUCAACAUUCAAAAUCAAUACUCUCAAAUUGGCCAAAAUUUCACCAAUUAGAGAAAAAUUAACCACCAAGCAAUAUUUUGUACUUUUAGUUGCAAUUAUUACUAUUCUUUUAUGGUGUGUGAUUGAAAAAAUACAAGUCAAUUGGGGUUCAAGUGGUAUUGUUACUUGUUUUGCAUAUGUAAUGUUUUUCGCCACAGGUUUACUUACAAUCGACGACUUGAAUAAUUUUCCUUGGUCUAUUAUUGUCUUGGCAAUGGGUGGUAUAGCCUUAGGUAAAGCAAUUGGUUCAUCUGGACUUUUGUCAACCAUUGCCAUUGCAUUGCAAAAACGUAUCAUGGACUAUAGUGCUUAUGUUAUUUUGCUUAUCUUUGGAAUCAUUGUUCUUGUGUUUGCCACAUUCGUAUCCCAUACAGUUGCUGCAUUAAUUAUUGUCCCAUUAGUUAAAGAAGUUGGUGACUCUUUACCAAAACCACAUCCAAAUUUGUUGAUUUUAGGUACUGCUUUGAUUGCUUCUUGUGCAAUGGCAUUACCCACUUCAGGAUUCCCCAAUGUGACUGCAAUUAGUAUGAGGGAUGAAUUGGGAAGACCAUACUUAACAGUUAAUGAGUUUAUUUCAAGAGGUGUGCCAGCAUCUAUCAUUGCAUAUUUGUGUGUGAUUACCAUUGGAUAUGGAGUUAUGUCAUCAAUUGGUUAUUAG